CAUUUGCUGCCACUGUUUGCCCUCGCAGUAGCCUCACCCUAUUCCUCUCCUAGGGGAAGACAUUAUCCUCGGAGCCCCUGCCCAGUCUUUCCAAUGAGGCCCGCAGCACUAGGCUCCCCAGGUCAUACGUCCCUGGACGAUGAGGGACCUGUCAUGGUGAAGCUGGAGGACUCUGAGGAGGAGGGUGAGGCCGCCCCGUGGGAUCCCGGCCCAGAGGCUGCACGCCAGCGUUUUCGGCACUUCCACUAUGAGGAGGAAGAGGGUCCCCGUGAAGCCCUGGCCCGGCUCCGGGAGCUGUGCCGCCAGUGGCUGCGGCCCGAGGCGCACUCCAAGGAGCAGAUGCUGGAGCUCCUGGUGCUGGAGCAGUUCCUGUGCGCGCUGCCCCCUGAGAUCCAGGCCCGUGUGGAGGGACAGCGGCCAGGCAGCCCUGAGGAGGCCGCUGCCCUGGUCGAGGGGCUGCGCCAGGAGCCAGGAGGCCCCCGCAGAUGGGUCACAGUCCAAGUGCAGGGUCAGGAGGUGCUAUCAGAGAAGAUGGAGCCCUCCAACUUCCAGCCCCUCCUUCAAACCAAGCCUCAGACUCCAGAAUGUGGGCCUAGGACACCAUCUGAAGCCACACAAGAGUCACCACUGGGCCUUUGGGUGAAAGAGGAGCCCACGGUUACAGAGGACCCAGAGCUUCUGGAUUCUGGGCCUGUAGGCAAUCCCCAAGAAGCCACUUCCACUCUCCUGCCUGAAGAGGCCCAGGGCUGUGAGAUAGUGCUGGACCAGGCCUCUCCCCACAGCGAGACUGGGCUUGAGGGGCCUUCAUGGAGGGAGCAUCCUGGGGCCCUGUGGCAGGAGGAAGCUGGGGGCAUCUUCCCUCCAGGGUUUGCACUCCAUAUGGACAGCGUCUCUGCUGGCCCAGGCACUGUGAGCCCCCACCUCCACAUCCCCUGGGACCUCGGCAUGGCCGGCCUCACCGACCGACUCCAGUCACCCUCCCGUGAAAGUGGCUUCUCACAUGCACUCGUGCUCCCCAGUGGCCCUGGAGGUGAGCAGAACCCCACGAACGAGGGUCCCCGCCAGCUCCUGGGCCCCAUACUGGCCACUGCCCGCUGGCGCGCGCCCAGGACCCAAGGCCGGGGCCGGGGCCGCCCCAGCACAGGCCCCGCGGUGGGGCGGGGUGGCCGCUGCGACGUGUGUGGGAAGGUGUUCAGCCAACGCAGCAACCUACUGAGGCACCAGAAAAUACACACGGGAGAGCGGCCAUUCAUGUGCAGCGAGUGCGGCCGAAGCUUCAGCCGAAGCUCGCACCUUCUGCGCCAUCAACUCACGCACACUGAGGAGCGGCCGUUUGUGUGCGGCGACUGUGGUCAGGGCUUCGUGCGCAGCGCGCGCCUGGAGGAGCACCGGCGAGUGCACACAGGCGAGCAGCCCUUCCACUGCGCCGAGUGCGGUCAGAGCUUCCGGCAGCGCUCCAACCUGCUGCAGCACCAGCGCAUCCACGGCGACCCCCCGGGCCCCGGCGCCGGGCCCAGCGCGCCCCUCACGCCUCCCGGCGCACCGGAGCCCCCAGGCCCCUUCCCCUGCAGCGAGUGCCGCGAGAGCUUCCCGCGGCGAGCCGUGCUCCUGGAACACCAGGCAGUGCACACGGGUGACAAAUCCUUUGGCUGCGUGGAGUGUGGCGAGCGUUUCGGCCGCCGCUCCGUGCUGCUGCAGCACCGGCGAGUACACAGUGGUGAGCGACCCUUUGCCUGUGCCGAGUGCGGCCAGAGCUUCCGGCAGCGCUCCAACCUCACACAGCACCGGCGCAUCCACACAGGCGAGCGGCCCUUCGCCUGUGCUGAGUGCGGCAAGGCCUUCCGCCAGAGGCCCACGCUCACGCAGCACCUGCGCGUGCACACAGGCGAGAAGCCCUUCGCCUGCCCGGAGUGUGGCCAGCGCUUCAGCCAGCGCCUGAAGCUCACGCGCCACCAGCGGACGCACACCGGGGAGAAACCCUACCACUGCAGCGAGUGCGGCCUGGGCUUCACGCAAGUCUCGCGGCUCACCGAGCACCAGCGUAUCCACACGGGUGAACGGCCCUUUGCCUGCCCUGACUGCGGCCAGAGCUUCCGGCAGCACGCCAACCUCACACAGCACCGGCGCAUCCACACAGGCGAGCGGCCCUACGCGUGCCCGGAGUGCGGCAAGGCCUUCCGCCAGAGGCCCACACUCACGCAGCACCUGCGCACCCACCGGCGUGAGAAGCCCUUUGCCUGCCAGGAUUGUGGCCGCCGCUUCCACCAGAGCACUAAGCUCAUCCAGCACCAGCGCAUCCACAGUGCGGAGUAACCAGCACUCACGGUACCCCCUUCUCUGCGCCUCGGCUUUUGGCCUUUUGUCGGGGGAGGGGAGCGUGUUCGCUCAGAACACUUACCUCACAGGGUGGUUGUGAGGCCUCUGAUCAAGUUUGGGUACAGGCGGGCCCACCCAGGACGUGACUCCCAGUAGGUGCUCAAUAAACAGUAGACAGA